UGCCCUCUCUCUCUCUCUCCCCAAAACCCCAUCUCCUAUUUAUUCCCACCAUCUUUCCACCACUCCUCCGCCGCCCUCCGCCGCAGCAACGAGAGCAUGCGAUGGUAGGCCUCAGCGUAAUCCUCGAAAGCUGCAGAGAUCUCUCCGAGAAAAGAAGCCCCCAAAUCCUCAGCAAAGGCGCCAUGAUCAUCAAACCCUCCUCUCCUCUCUCUAAUUUCUCUCCCCCUUGUGGAUUUCUCGAGAAUUGCUUCCUCUGCCGCCACAAAUUGUUGCCAGGGAAAGACAUCUUCAUGUACAAAGGAGAUAGGGCAUUUUGCAGUGUGGAGUGCAGGUACAGGCAGAUGUUCAUGGAUGAAGAGGAGAGCUGCGAAAAGAGUGGUUGUACGUUGGAGUACACCUGUUCCGCGGCUGCCACGUCAUCUCCGUCUCCAACUUCUUCUUCGUCUUCCCGCGCCGGUAAGGGGGCGAGAGCUCGGCCAACUAACGCGUUUGCGUGUUGAGAGUGUUUUUCCGUUUCUGCCCUCGGUCGAUAUCCUUUACGCCUUCCUUUUUGUGCUCGGUGCCAGGGGCUGGUUUGUAAUCUUAGGUUAGCUCAUGGCUUUUUGGUUUUCCUCUGGUUUUUUCCUUGGGGAGGAAAUAGGAAUUUUCUCAAGUUGAAGGGUGUUUUCGGAUGCUGUUUUUAAUCUUUUAGAGCUAAUCAAUCCUUAAUUUUUUUCA